AGUCGCUCCUAUUCUGCCCGGGCUGGUCGCAAUGAACGGGUGUCGGAGCUGUACACGGCAAAGGAGCAACCACAGCGAGACACGGCGGUCAAGGGGAUGCGGCAUCGGUACGCGGGAGCUGUCUAUCAGCACCAGACCCCCCAGCAAAAGCGAGCAAGUAGUAAGCAGAGCGGAGAGCCAGACGCUCCUGUUUUCAGCCUGCCGCCCCCGCCCUCUUCUCACCACCGAGACCGCACUUCGACCACCGACGCUCACCGCCAGAGCCUCCAGGAGCUCCCCUGUCUGAGUCAGCCCUCGCGUAGAGCGCUGCACGGCGGGGACACGCCACCUCCGGCGGGCUCUUGUGACACCGCCCACAGACCCACGAACCGAGGCGGCAGCGAAGCCAGCACCGGGCAGCCGGCACACUUGCAGCAGGAUCCCUGGGCCCCGGCCGGCUCUCAGCCUGUUUUUCCAAGCUGCCACUGCAGCUUUUCCAAGCAGGAGGCGAACCAUUCACAAAACCAGCACCAUCGUGUCGAUCCUCUCCCACCGCAGCCCUCCCCACCUUUCCCCCCACCCAUACCACCACCACCACCACCAGCCUCCUCCUCUCUGCUGUUUUCCCGGGAAUCCAAAAGAGGGGAACGUCUGGGAAGGAGUGCCAAUAAUUACCAACAGGCGAGCAUCGUGGAACGCUGCAGGGGAGGAGGAGGAGCAGGAGGGCAACGAGACCACAGGCAGUUGCAGCAGAAGCAGCAGCAGCAGCAACACUGGCAUCCAAGACUCCCACAGAGGGACUCCUCCCCUGAAGGAAUCCGUGCAAACUCACAGAAAAGGUGCACUUUAUCAGCAAGUGGAUCGGCUGAGGCUAGCAGAAGAGCAUUCGAGCAUCAGACGCAGGAGCUGCAGCAGCAACAGAUCCCACAAUUAAGAGCUCAGCAGCAGCUACUGGUGGGGAGCAGCUUGCCUAUCAACUACUGCGCCAGCGGCUCUGGUGAGCUAUGUAGGACUCACCAGGCUCCACUGCUGCAACAACAGCAGCAGCAGCAGCAGCAGCAGCAGCAGCAGCAGUGCACACCGGGACUCGUCCCCCAGCGGCCGCAGCACUGUGACCAAGACCGCAAUAAGUGUGCGAGAACCCCCGCGCAAGACGACCUGCAGGCGCAGCCGCACAGCGCAACGCCCCCGGCAACACAGCAGGCGUACGCGGCAAAGUCGAGCGCGACUGGCGGCAGCAGCAACAGCAGCAGCAGCAGCGGCCGCAGCAAAGAAAGCCCAAACUACGGCUCCAGCUAUCACCUGUGGCCGGAGAGCCCUCAUAAAGGAGAGGAGAGGAUACGCAUCGACCUCCAUAAGGCUACUACUGAGAAGAAGAAGCUGAGCCAUGCUGGAUCCAAGCCCUCCCUCUCCGAGAGCAGCCGCCGACUCCCUCAGAUAGCCAUGAACACCUGCAAAUACAAUGGCGGAGUGGUGAGACCACUAGUGGGCAGUCUGGCGUCCUCGUCGCGCCGCAACCUUGCGGAGCUUGACUCGGAAACGCAGCCCCUGCAGACACUGCACAGCUCUGGCCUGGAGGUGGUGGUGUCCAAGGGCAAUGGCGGCGAAGACCCCAGCAAGGCGUCCAACGAGAGCUUGGUCAGGGAGGGCAGCGGGCGUGGUGGAGGAAGGGCACCGCAGAAGAAAAACAGGGACAUUGGCUACAAGCUCGGCCACCGGAGGGCAUUGUUUGAGAAGCGGAAGCGGCUCAGCGACUACGCGCUCAUCUUUGGAAUGUUUGGGAUUGUUGUCAUGGUGACAGAGACUGAACUCUCAUGGGGGGUUUACACUAAGGAAUCUUCAUAUUCAUUUGCACUGAAAUGCCUUAUCAGCCUCUCCACUGUUAUACUGCUUGGUCUUAUAAUAAUGUACCACGCACGGGAAAUCCAGCUGUUUAUGGUUGACAACGGUGCGGACGACUGGAGGAUAGCCAUGACCUAUGAGCGGAUCUUCUUCAUCGUGCUGGAGCUGCUGGUGUGUGCCAUCCAUCCCAUCCCCGGCCAGUACGUCUUCACGUGGAGAGCCCGGCUGGCCUUUACGUACACGCCGUCCGUGGCGUAUGCCGACGUGGACAUCAUUCUCUCCAUCCCCAUGUUCCUGAGACUCUACCUGAUCGGCAGGGUCAUGUUACUUCACAGCAAGCUGUUCACGGACGCGUCGUCUCGCAGCAUCGGCGCCCUCAACAAGAUCAACUUCAACACACGCUUUGUCAUGAAAACUCUCAUGACCAUCUGCCCAGGAACUGUCCUCCUAGUGUUCAGUAUUUCAUCCUGGAUCAUUGCUGCAUGGACUGUGCGCGUCUGCGAGAGGUAUCAUGACAAACAGGAAGUGACCAGUAACUUUCUGGGAGCCAUGUGGCUCAUCUCAAUUACCUUCCUCUCCAUUGGCUACGGGGACAUGGUACCGCACACGUAUUGUGGGAAAGGCGUGUGUCUGCUUACAGGGAUUAUGGGAGCUGGCUGCACUGCACUUGUGGUUGCGGUGGUGGCCAGGAAGCUGGAGCUGACCAAGGCAGAGAAGCAUGUCCACAACUUUAUGAUGGAUACGCAACUCUGCAAACGAGUGAAGAACACAGCUGCCAAUGUACUCAGGGAAACAUGGCUCAUCUACAAACACACCAAGUUGGUGAAGAAAAUUGAUCACGCCAAGGUGCGGAAACACCAACGCAAGUUUCUCCAAGCCAUUCACCAACUGCGCAGUGUCAAGAUGGAGCAGAGGAAGCUCAACGAUCAGGCCAACACCUUGGUGGACCUGGCAAAGACCCAGAAUGUGAUGUACGACCUGGUGUCAGAGCUCCAGGAGCGCAGUGAGGAGCUGGACAAGCGCAUCGGCACAUUGGAGGACAAGCUGGACUCGGUGACAGGCAGCCUGCAGGCGCUGCCCUGCCUCAUUUCCCAAGCCAUAACCCAGCAGCAGCAGGACUUCCUGGACGGCUUUGUUCACCGCUUUCGGCCCGCAUCGCUAGCUUCAGAGCGCUCCGAACGCUCGGAGCGAUCCUGGACGUCCACCACCCGCAGGCGGCGCUCGCCCUCCACAGCACCACACACCUCCUCUGAUAGUGGAUAACCUCCAAAUCCGUCUAAUCCCGAGUCCAUCAUUGGACUAUUAAUGAGCCCAUAUCUUCACCUCUGACCUCCUCCUUGCCCUUCCCUCACCUUCUGCCCUCCCAUACCACGAAUGAAAACCAGUUUCUCUCCGCUGUGACUGAGCCUUUCAGCGCAGGAUUGGAUCAGAGCAACCGCGAAAAAAAGAAAUCGACAAAAAAUACAAAUGCAUCCGAAAAUCAAAAAAGAAACAAAAGAUAAAGACUGAAAAGCCGAGAUAAAGUAGAGAUAUGGUUUAUGUUUUAGCCAUUGUAUGGCUGUUCAAGUUAGCUUUUUUGUAAAAGCCCUUAAAAUUUGACUGAGUUCAGGGUCGCUGGGGUGAGAGCUGGCUAUCACACCGGAGAGUCCUUAACCACGACAGGGGGAGGGGGGGUCAGUGUGGCAUGGAGGGCCUUUACCUGCUGGAAGACGUCAAAACUUUGGAUUUCCCUUUCAGGAGACUGGUGUCAUGGAUUCUUUCCCAUAGGUCAGGCAGGCAAACGCUGCAGGAGAGGCCGAGUGCUCUGAUUGGAGGUCAGUGUUUGAGACUGCACCUAAAGGGGGGAGGAAAGCGUCACACGCAAGCGGAGCAAAGGGGAUGCAUACGGCAUUACUACUGGGUAGGAAAACUUUACACAAUUGCCAACUUCAAGGUUUCAGCUUCCUUGUUCUUACCAAGGGAAAAUGAGAGCGACUAUCUUUUUUAGUUACAUAUUGACAUGUGAUUUUUCAGUGCCUGAAUGUAUAAAUAGUAGAGGGUUAUUUAAUUACUAAUUUCAGAGCUUUUUUACGAUGUUAACAGUCUGAAUACAGCAUUGCAUUCCCUUUUCAGAUACAUUCCUCUCCAGAAAUCAAAAGAAAACGUCUUAAAAUGAUGCAUAGCAUUGCCUCCAUUACGCAACAUGUUUUUGAAAACCUUUUCUUUUCUAUUUAUACUAACACGGUGGAAGAAAGGAGAAUGUUCAGAGAGCAAGCGGAAGUGUGUUUUAUGUGUGUGUUUGUAUGAAAAUGAGUUCACUUUUAGCUCGAUGCUGCACACCCAUACACAACAAUGGAAAUAUGUAGUGUACCUAUCUCAGCACCACUAAUUAGAGCUCCCUGCGCUCUCCAGAUAAUGGCAUGUCUUGAGGGCGGCUAGUGUAAAUGGUCCAAAGUGAGAAGAAGAAGAAAAAAAACACCCUGCCCCCCUUUGCAUGGUUCUGUGCAAAAAUGACAGUCGAACAUCAUGUUCCUUAAAUGGCUUGCUGAAUUUAAAUGAUUUUUCUUUUUGAUUACAGUAUGUCCACUCUUCAAUUUGUUUUUUGUUUUGUUUGUCGCCUUUCUUUAUUGGUUUUAUUUUCCCUUCACAGAAAUUUCCUUUUUAUAGCGCCUAGAGGAGUUGCAGUAAAUGUGAUUCUGUAAUGCAUUCCCUGUUUCAAAAAAAUAUGAAGGUGAAGGAAAACCAUGAGUACAAAAACAGUUCCAAAAGGACGCAAAUAAAAGUGCUGAAGAAACUUCAACGGGUACAGGUUCCUCUCCUAUUUGAAAGAAAAGUUCAAUAUUUUAAAAUAAAUGACUUGUUUGGAAAGAUUCGUACCAAGGUUUUCUCCGGGUACUCCGGUUUCCUCUCACAUUCCAAAAACAUGCAUGCUAGGUUCAUUGGAAACGCUAAACUGUCCAUAGGUAUGAAUGUGAGUUUUUGUCCAUAUGUGCCCUGUGAUUGGCUGGCGACCAGUCCAAGGUGUACCCCGCCUCUCGCCCGAAGUCAGCUGGGAUAGGCUCCAGCAUACCCUCAUGACCCUAAUGAGGACAAGCGGCAUAGAAAAUGGAUGGAUGGAUGGAUUUAUACCAACACUGCAAAACCUGACAUUUCAAUGCUCAGUUCCACUGCAUUGCUGAAAAACAAACGCCUACGUAUUUUUUUAGUUUUGUUUUUUACAGUUUUUUUUAUUAAUUUUUCAGCUUGUUUGCAAAUGUUGAGAGGCGGCGCUAAACAUUCCAAAUGUCAAAAUGUCUGACAACCAGCUUUGUUUAGCGAGGUUGCGGUUCUUAUCAAGUUAUUCUGCGGGUUUUUUGCCGUUUUCGCCAUUACUCGGGCAGAAUCUUACCACUUUUUAGACUUUUACAGCUGUUGGGCAGGCGGACAGCUCGUCCUCAGCCGGUCACGGAAGCCACCAUACGCAGCAUGAUAUUUCGAUACAGCGACUGUAUCCUGUUAGUUUUUUUUACCAUAAUAUGUUAUUUCAUUUUUACAUCAGAUUUCACUUUUUGCAGUGUAGUAAAUUUAGCUUAGCACAAAGAAUGGACACAAUUUUUAUCAGGAAAAAAAGUGCAUCUUGUAUGAGUUCCGAUGGACAAAAACAACAUAAAAUAGUAUUAUGGAUUUACAUGUGUAUUGGUAAACAAGUCAAUUAAAAUAAAUUCGGGCUGUCAAAUGAUUAAAAUGUUUAUGAUUAAAAUCACCAUUUGCAACUACCGUAUGUCUGAAAUAUGCCUAUUUUUACUGUAUUGUAAUGAAAGAAAGAUAAAUGACAGGACAGGAUUGCACAUAAUUAUACAUAUUUGUCUGCAUUAACAGCUCCAAAUUAGAUGAAAAUUUAAAUCAAGCUAAAAGAUAGCACACGUGUCUGAAAAUCUAUUUACAUAACACUAGUUUAUUUAAUAGUAUCUGAACAUUUCAAUCACACUUUAACCGUGUUAUUGUGAGCAAUGUGGGAUUGCGUUCAAAGACACCACGUCAAUUAAGUCGUAUUCGCAUUUUUCUGGGAUUUUCGAGAAUACUUAAAUGCAGCAAAUUAUAUUUUCACAUUAAGACUUAUAAAGAGGGCGAUAAGAAUUUCCACUUAUUGGUUUUGUUUGUCUUUCUGUUUAUUUCGGCCACACAUACACGCAUAAGAAAGACAUUACUGUAAAGUUCGCAGUGUCCCUGAAUGCAUCUCGCGGUAGUCUCGUGACAAUGAGGAAGUGUCGUUCGGAUGACGAAGGGAUAAGAGACGUGAGUUGCAGAUACAUACAAGUAUAAGGUGUUGAAAUUGCACUGCUGUUGAUGUCUUCACGUCAGAAUAAAGUUAGAAAAGAGCGCCAGACUCUGUGGGGAGGCGUGGCUUGUAUGUGUUACAACUGAAAAAAAUGUAAUGUGAUUAAUGAAACAAGUGAGUUACCGCCAUUAACUGUAAACUGUAAGUCCAGGAAAUGUCCCCGUUGCUGCAGAUGAAACAAACAAGAGGAAACAAGUCUGGUGAGAUAAUGGGAGGGAAAUUCUUUCACAUCUGCCGUUUCAUUUGUCAGUUUCUUUGUCUGUUUCUGACACCAUCCAAACAUCCAUCCACCUUCUAUGCCGCUUAUCCUCACCAGGGUCGCGGGUAUGCUGGAGCCUAUCCCAGCUGACUUCGGGCGACACCCUGGACUGGUCGCCAGUCAAUGGCAGCCUCCAAACAUGUAUUACUACAAUAGAAAAGGCAUGGUAUGCUGCAUCCUAUAGAUGCAAUGAAUAGUUUUCAAGUGAAAAGGAGAGAUGUAGGCUAUCACAGAAGCACAUAUACUGGACAGAGCCAGUAAGGGGGUCAGUUGGUAGGGGUUAGUAUGUUUUGCUCAACUAGUCAGGAAUGUAGAUCAUCUCAAAAGUGAUGCUAAAGUUGAUCUGUGAGACCGUUCCAUCGUGGCUUCUUUAUUUGGGCCGUAGGCUGCCUAAGUAAGGUUAAAUAAGAGCAGAGGUUUUCAAAGUGUGAGGCGGGCUUCCCCUGAGGGAGGGCACAAUAGCUUGAGAAAAAUCAAGAAAAACAUCUUUUUCUUAACUAGUUGAUUUUUUGUUCGAAAUGUGCUCCACAUAAUCAGUUUAGGAAGCAGACGAGGCCUCAGCGGUAAUAUAUUCUCUGGGGGGAAGCUCGCUGUGCCGCACUUUGAAAACGGCUCUCGUCCGACCAUGGAACAUUUUCUUCAAGAACAUUUUCAGUCCUCUGUGAAUGGAAGUGAAUUAAGCAUGACGAUUAACUCCCCCCACCACCUUUUCAGCUUGAGCCGAUGGAGCAUGACUCUUUCCUGUGCCCACCUCAAGCCGCGUCUUACACAGUGCCACAAUCCUCCGCCCUAUCCCGUACGAAACGAUCCGUCACGUCAUUAUGGUCUCGCUUUCAAUCAGUGUCAUCCAAUUACUUAGGAUGGCUAAUGGCAGACUGCUUGAUCACGACCUCGUACGUCUGUUCAUAUCUAACGAUUCAAUCUCCUUAUUACGUCGUGAGGGUUUUAGCCUCGUGUUUGUCAUCUGUCAUAAUUAGGAAUAUCCGUCACAGAAAGAGGUUUUCCAAAAUGGCCCGCGGCAAAGUCCUAGAAAAUAAAGAUAACAACAGCAGGGGAACCCUCAGGUCAUGUCCCGUGUUGCACUCUGUGUCAUAUUGAGUUAUACAGGGAGGGGCCAUUGCGUGUGUGAUGAUGUUACAGUGAGGAUGUCAUCAUACACACACACAGAUGAGACAUAUGACACUUUCUUCAGCCACAAUAACAGAAUAACAGAAGCAGCAUUCAGUGGUACCUCGAUUUAUUUACGUUAUUAAUUCAUUCCAAAAGGUGCGCGGAAAACUGAAAAGUACGAAAAGCAAGGCAAUUAUUCUCAUACCAAGUAAUGUAAAUCCAAUUAAUUUCUUCCAGACACCCACAAAUAUUACGAAAACAUACAUUUUAUAGAAAAUAAUUAUAGUUUAACAUGCAGAAAACAAUGCGAAUUAUUAUAAACAAAUUCUAAAUUCCUGUAAGUCUUGCGAGAUCGAAUUCAGUGGUGUUUCUCACCUUCUUUAUCAACUUUCUUUGGCCCCAUUGCGGGUUAUUUAGCAGUCACGCGCCAUAAAAAAAAUACACGGACAGUGAGUCAGCAAUGCUUCGGGUGUUUUGUUUGAGCACUCGAUUUCGCGCAACAAUACAGUGCACGGCAAAUUGACUAGUUUGGUUUUUGCGCAGUACUGUACAAAAAGUAGGCGAAAUGAUGACCAAAACGGAACUGUCGCUCACGAAAACCGAGGUUUUAACGGUAGAGCCCUGCCAAAACAUUACUAAAAAUUAAACAACCGUCCAUUUUCAGCGUAGUGAGGGGGCAUUUAUUACGUUGGACUAAAAAGAACUUGGGUUUUUGUCUAACAGAGUGGACCCCACCCCUCAAACACCGCACCAACCAAAGUGAGAUGUACCCAUCUACUGUUCUGUGUGUACGCUGCCUCAUGAUGCAUAAUGUAGAUGCAUAAUGUAGUGGUAGUCACUGGAAUAAAUCUACUUUUAAUGGAUGGCAAAUUGGUGGGUUUGAACAUGUUCUCUCUGUAUGCUCAGUCUUCAUUUUUCAGGUGAGCUGUUGUCCUAGCAAGAGGUCAAAUCAUUAAAGACGUUCUCCAUCGACACAUGCCCUUACCCUUUUCUUCUUUUUUUUUUUUUGGUAAGGAAAAUCUGUCUUUUACAUUUCACUCAAUCAUAUAAAAGGAACACUCAACUUAAACUGAUUCUAGUUUAUUGACUACAAAGUGCAAUGCUGUCAUUGGCUCUACACUACAGGCAACUACAGCUACAAGGAACAAGUUGUAUGAAUAGGAGGAAAAACUGAAAUACGAUAAUAGUAUGUUACACUACUGUAAUGCUAACAACUAUUUGUUUUGUCACCUACAACACAAGGUUUCUGUUUUUCCUUUAAAUAAAUUUACCUUAGCUAAGCAUAUAUUGACCUUCACUGAAUUGAUAUCGCCAUGUUAAAUUAGUUUAAUUAAUUGAAGUGACGUCCACAUCUGUAAAUUCCGGCUAUAUUCCAAAUCAUCGUAUUUGAACAAUGAGAUCAUCCAACUUUUUUUUCAAGAAUUUCUCCAAGAAUAUACAGUCAUCCGUCACCACAUGGGGCUUUGAAUUUCAUGGCUUUGUGUUCGUUUUCAAACAUACUGUAUAUUCGUUAAUAAAUCACGCUGUUUUGUGGUUGAAUACGGCCUAUUAUUAGUCAUUUUUUAAUGCAUAUUGUAGGAAAUUUUACAUAUUUUUUGCCAAAAUGAACUAAAGUACAAAUUCAAAAGACACAUUCAAAGACGUUGACGAUACGAAGCAUUCUACACGAGGUGUCAGUAAUUGUUCGGUGAGACAAGCACCAGACUCGAUCGCCGGAACAACAGGCUUUUAUUGCAGGUUUAAAUGAUCUCACAACAGACACAAUAAAAAUAACAUGAUAAUCAUAACAGUAACACUGUUGCGGCCGUAGCCCACGACAAGCUAAAACUUAACUCACUAAAGAAACCCCCGACAUCACUCCCUGUACUCCACACGGAACACAUUUACUGCGACACACACGAGCACAAGUUUUAUUUGUGUCUUAAAUGGCUUAUUUUCUCUGAUUAUUUCUACUUUAUUAGGUAAUACGAGUGUAAAGGUUAGUACGGGGUGUUAUUUAACGUCUAGAGGGAUCAAAUGAUGACAAAAAUUGUAGUUAGAAGAUCGUAAAUAGACAUAACUACGAACAUUUUCCAUUUACAAAUAAAGACUCCUACAGUACUUCGGAAAUUCGCUUAUUAAGGUCGGGUC